UACCAGGCGAGUCUGACCAGCCCAGAAGAGCAGGCCCUGAAGACCAGCGUGGAAAAGGUCUCUUCCAUCUUUGGCAGUCAUCUUUUUCAGGCUCUGCUGGACAUUCAGGAAUGCUACGAGAUUACUCUGCAAAUGAAUGCAGCACAAAAUGGAGUUAAAGACAGCAGCUCUGUGGACACAUGGGAGACCUCGGGUGAAGAGGGUGUGUCACGUGUGCGUGUGACCAGCAGGAGGAGCACUCAGAAGGUGGAGAGAGUGGCUGGAAUAGUAAGCCGCUCACAUGUAGAGACACCAAAGGCAAACCCUCCCCCCAUCAUUGUGAACGCAGACUCACUGGAUGCAGGCCCUUAUGUGAAUGGGAGUGAUGGCAUGUAUAAAUAUGAAGAAAUCAUUUUGGAGAGGGGCAACUCUGGCCUUGGGUUCAGUAUUGCAGGAGGUGUGGAUAAUCCACACAUUCCUGAUGAUCCAGGAAUCUUCAUCACCAAGAUUAUCCCAGGAGGUGCCGCUGCCAUGGAUUGGAGACUAGGGGUAAAUGACUGUGUUCUGCGGGUGAAUGAUGUGGACGUGUCAGAGGUUGUGCACAGCAAGGCAGUAGAGGCUUUGAAGGAGGCCGGCCCAGUGGUCAGGUUGCUGGUGCGCAGAAGACAGGCUCCUCCUGAGACCAUUUUGGAGGUCAACCUACUCAAAGGGCCUAAAGGUCUUGGCUUCAGUAUUGCUGGAGGUAUAGGCAACCAGCACAUCCCUGGCGACAACAGUAUCUACAUCACAAAGAUCAUCGAAGGUGGGGCGGCACAGAAAGAUGGACGUCUGCAGACAGGCGAUCGCCUACUGGCUGUGAAUAACAUUAUACUUCAGGAUGUGCGUCAUGAGGAGGCUGUGGCCGCCCUGAAGAACACUUCAGACAUGGUCUAUCUGAAAGUGGCCAAGCCGGGACCAGUACAUCUCAACGACAUGUACGCCCCACCAGACUACUCCAGCAGUCUCGGCCUCCCUCCAGCCUUCCCCACCAUGGUGGACAACCACGUCGGGCACAACUCCAGCAUGGCCUACAUGGGAGGCAUGGAGCCUAAACCAGUGUACCCGCCGCCCCAGGCCACCCCCUCGAGGUACUCCCCAGUCCCGCGCCACAUGCUGGGGGAGGAGGACUUCACCAGGGCCGAGCCCAUUUACAGUGCCAUCCACAAACCUCAUGGGGACACCAGCCCUCCCUCCCCCCGUCUGUGCAGCAGGGGGUCUGGGGAUGUGGGUUGCAGCCCCGCCCCACCUGCUCUGUGUCAAAGCCUGGUCCCGUACACCGGCAGGGAGCCGCGGAAGAUCCUGCUGCACAAGGGUUCCACAGGUUUGGGAUUCAACAUUGUGGGCGGUGAGGAUGGAGAGGGCAUCUUCGUGUCUUUCAUCUUGGCAGGCGGGCCAGCCGACCUGAGCGGAGAGCUGAGGAGAGGAGACCGCAUCCUGUCGGUGAAUGGUGUAAACCUGCGCAAUGCUACCCAUGAGCAGGCUGCUGCUGCACUGAAGAGGGCUGGACAGACGGUGACCAUCAUUGCCCAGUACAGACCAGAAGAAUACAGUCGUUUUGAGUCCAAGAUCCACGAUUUGAGGGAGCAGAUGAUGAACAGCAGCAUGAGCUCCGGCUCCGGCUCCCUUCGCACCAGUGAGAAACGCUCCCUCUACGUCAGGGCUCUUUUUGACUACGACAGGACCAGAGACAGUUGCCUUCCUAGCCAGGGCCUGAGCUUCUCCUAUGGGGACAUCCUGCAUGUCAUCAAUGCCUCUGAUGAUGAGUGGUGGCAGGCACGGCUGGUUACACCCCAUGGGGAGAGUGAGCAAAUUGGGGUCAUACCAAGCAAGAAAAGGGUGGAAAAGAAAGAGCGUGCACGGUUAAAAACAGUCAAAUUCCACGCAAGGACGGGCAUGGUUGAGUCCAACAGGGAGAUGUUUGGCAGAAUGAACGACAUAAUGGACUUCCCAGGGUUAAGUGAUGACUUUUAUGGAUCAAAGAGUUUGAAAUGCUUGACGUCCAACACCAGUGACAGCGAAAGCAGCUCCAAGGGUCAGGAAGACACAAUUCUAUCAUAUGAGCCAGUAAUUCGACAAGAGAUCCAUUACACAAGGCCUGUGAUUAUCCUGGGUCCAAUGAAGGACAGAGUAAACGAUGACUUGAUAUCAGAGUUCCCUCACAAGUUUGGAUCCUGCGUUCCACAUACAACUCGUCCUCGGCGAGAGAAUGAGAUGGACGGGCAGGACUACCAUUUUGUGGCUUCAAGGGAGCAAAUGGAGAAGGACAUUCAGGACAACAAAUUUAUCGAGGCCGGCCAGUUCAAUGAGAAUCUGUAUGGGACCAGCAUACUGUCUGUCCGGGCAGUGGCUGAAAGGGGGAAACACUGUAUCCUGGAUGUGUCUGGGAAUGCCAUAAAGCGACUGCAGCAAGCACAGCUCUAUCCAAUCGCCAUUUUCAUCAAACCAAAAUCUGCGGAGGCCCUUAUGGAAUUGAAUAAGAGGCAGACAUAUGAGCAAGCUAAUAAAGUCUUUGAUAAGGCAGUGAAGCUUGAACAAGAGUUUGGAGAGUUUUUCACAGCCAUAGUCCAGGGUGACUCACUAGAUGAGAUCUAUAAUAAAAUCAAGCUGAUCAUUGAAGAGCAGUCAGGCCCUUACAUCUGGAUCCCGUCCACAGAGAAGCUCUGAACUCGCCGCCUCCAUGGAGCCCCCCCACCUUACCCUCACUCCCACCUGACACCUUUCCUUCCCUUACACUGACAUGUUUCAUAUCAAGUUUUAGUGUCAUCAUUAUGUUACCCUCAAUCGAAAGAAGUCUUAUCACCAUUACUGUGACUGUGCACACCCCUGCAUGAGUUUCUCAGCAAUUCCAUUCAACAUUGGAAAUGCCAUUCCUAAAGAAAUUUUUUUUCAAGUAAAACAAGAAAGGGAAACCUGAGCAAAUUCUUUUGUGCGUUUUGGAUGGACUUGAUGAUGAGAACGUCUUAACGACGCGAGAGUGGGGAGCAGGGGAGUUGGAGAUGGUGGCACGAGUGGGAACCUUGUAUAUGUUCAUUCGAUUUCAUGGAAAAAGACAUUUGAGGAUGCUGUGCAAGGUUUUCUUUGAGGACUAGAUACAGUUCAAGCCUGCUGAUGGUACCGUCACUGCUCGUGUUUCUAACGGAUAAACUUCAAAACUGAUGGUGAUCUUCAGUAAUCAUAAACCAGCUCACUUUAUUUGAUGGGCUGCCUGGCCGUUUGUAUGGUAACACGUUCAGAGGCAGAACAAAAUGGAGGUUCGAGUCUAUACAUUUAUAUUACUGAAAUCACAUGGAAAAUAAAAAAUCCUACCGAGAGAUUUUACUACAUAAUAUGAAAUUAUACGGUACACAUUUUACACUUCACUAGAAUUGUCUACUUGGAGGGCUGUUCGAUUUCAUUUCUUGUCUUUGGGUUUGUGUUCUUUCUUUCUUGUGGUUUUAGCUGCUCUGGAUUAAAGAUGGGGGUAAAGAGGUGUAACUGGGCUCUCUGCAGACCACCAAACUGCCUUAUGAUGAAUAAACACUCGAUCGUGGGGGAGGGGGGAUGAACGACACAAUAUUCAACCUAUCAAUGCUUAGAGGACGACUCUAUUUUAGUGCUUAUUAUGAGUUUCCUGUCACCCUAUUGGAGGCCUAACUUGUGAGUGCAAUAGACUUCAGUGUCUUACCUCUGUGAAAUCCUUUUUUGAAAACCUUUUUUUUUUUCCUUUUUCAAAAUCCAAUUUCGGCCGCCAUUGGAGUUGAAAAGCAGACAGCCCACUUGCACUUCCUCUGCCUUCCAUGACUAUAUUCUCUUCAGACUGAACGGUAACACGGUACUGUCCUGUUAGCUGCCCAGGAGCGCAGCCUUAAAACGGGUAGAAUCAAGACAAUAAUUGUGUUGGAUGUCCUCCUUGAUAUUAAAGCGUUAGUGGAGCCUGAAAUUGACAGUUUUCCCCAGAACUCGACGAUGGUUUGAUUAAAUCUGUUCUUUGUAAUGACAGCUUUUAAAAGAUUUUUUCCUUCUACUCCUUUAUUUCCGGGCUGAUGUUUACUUCACUGUGUUAAGCCUUGUGCCGUGGUGAGCUUGGCGAGCUCAGGAAUCUGAUGGAAAAUUAAUUUUUAAUUUUUUUUUUUUUUUAAUGCAACUAAAGGGCCUCAAUCAUAUUGUGAUGGAAUAGAGCGAGUAUGAACUCAAAAGGAAUGAUUUUCUCUCCUCUAACUGAACACCCAGACAUGCUGAUACAUUAUACUUGUGUAUUUUUUAAUAUUUUUUUAUUUUAUUUGAAAUACUUUGUAAGCACUUCGUCUGUGGUUGUCCUUGGGUUCAGCCGGAGAGAAAAGGAUCACAACAGAAGAACAGUACUUCCUUCGAUUUCUUCCUUCAAAGAUUCUUUGUUUUUGUAUUGAGAAGUCUGGAUCCCGCAGAAAGCAAGGGAAGUUCCUGGGCCCACUCUCUUCCCCCGCCCCGCAGGCAUUCUCUAAACAGGUGCGCUCACCUGCCAAGCGUCUCUGCGAAAUCAGCUGUCAUACCCUUGUCAAAACCAGAGUUCAGGGAUUAAUCGAAGGGAACAGAGCCAUUUAUAAACUGCUUACAGACUGUUUUAAUGGGUAUGAUAGCUGUAAAGUGUAAAUAUCCCCCUCACUUGUGCUUCAUGCAUGUGUGAUACAACUGGGACAAACAUGUUUUAUAAAUCACAAAUGUCAGGUAAGUAAACUUUGAAUUUAUUCUGAGAUUAAUUUCCAUACAAAUGUGCCGUAAUGUUGGUAUUUCUCUAUAGAAAAAAGAAAUCUUCAGCUGCCUAUCAGAACAAUUGUUUUUUAGUGAGUCGGGAACCAGCUUCCCUACAAUACGGCCUGUCUACUUGUGAUAUCUUGUGGAACUUGUCUGAGUGUAUAGAUGAAAAACUAAUGUAAAAAUACAAAUAUAUAUAUAUAUAAAUAUCUAUAAGACAUGCAGACAGCAACCCAUGGAGUGAUAUUGAAGUAAACCAGGAGCAUAAAUGACUCCUUUUAGCAUAGAUCUGGUCCUCUGAGGUGACGAGCGGAAAAGCAGCUGACUGUUCGCACCGUUGAUGCCAGUCAGCCGUGUUGGUGAAGCCCAAAGAAUUUUGAAUCAUUGUACUAUAUUUCUAAUGAAGUGGACUGAAUUGGAGCAGUUCUGGUGUACUAAUGAGGGUCUCUGCUCCAGAGGGCAUGAGUGUGAAAUGGGGAGGGAAUGGGUCUGAUUUAUGUUUUUGAGUGAUUGAGUUUUUGAUGUGAUAGCACACUUGUGCAGUAAGUGCUUGCAAAUAUGAACCCUUUGAUUGUACAGUAGUGUCCUCCCCAUGAUUACAGGUGGUACAACCCAUCAGGACACAAGGAAAACUGCUCUUUUAUAUCCUGGUCAGGAGAGAACACAGUCUUACCGAUUAUUAUUAUUAUUACUUUUCUUUUUUUUUGGGUUUGUUUUUUGGACUGGACAAGAGUUUGUUUGGAAAUAAACUAUGUGACUAUAUGUUACGAUUUCAAUGCA